AUUUUCUUUUUAUUGUUGUCUUGACAGAAUUACAAGAGGAUCAACAUUGACAAACACGAACGGCUAUUUACGUGCCCUCCUGUUGUAACACCAUUUCUCGACGAAUAGGGGCUCCAUAUGCUGUGCCACAUGAAAUGAAUAAAGGGCCCCAGCCUAUUGGAGGACCUCCAGCUGCCCCACAUCCCUCCCCUUCUGGGAUUUCUCAGACUGCCUAUCCCUCUAGCCAGACAACUGCUCCAGUAGUUUUUGCACCACAGCAAACUCCACAAAUGAACACUCAACCACAACCACGGCAGUUUGCUGCAGGUCCUCGAGCUUUACAUCAGCAAUACUACCCAAACAGAGCCCAGCAACAGAGUAGUGCUUCCAGGGUUCAGAGUAGUGCAACGACUCGACCUGUGGCCUCUGCUACUCAUGUCUACCCACCUGGUUCACAGACCAUUAUGAUGAUGGCGCAACAGAUACCCACCUAUCCAUCAUCAGGACCUUAUUAUGUUCCCAAUCAGUUUCGUUCUUCAUUUGUACAACCAGCACAACAGUAUCCUGUUCCACCUGGAACUGGAUUUUAUUCAAACCCAAAUCCUGGGGAUUACCCUUUUGGAACCUAUUACCCAGCAACACAGGGUGUGCAACAAUAUUCUACACCAGUGGCACCUCCCACUGUUAUGAUAAAUCCUGCACAGCCACAAAUGCCUCCUAAAAGAGAACGUAAACAGAUCCGGAUAAGGGAUCCAAACCAGGGUGGAAAAGACAUCACAGAAGAGAUUAUGUCUGGAGGAAGAUCAGGCUCUACACCAACACCACCACAGUCUGCAGUAGGAAAUAUGGAGGGAGGUGGAAACGUACAGACUAACGGGGAAAAUCCUCAUCCAGUGCCAGUCAUUAUCCGACCAGAUAAGCCAAAGUCUCCUGCAGUGGCAACUAAACCAGUAGAAGAGUUGAACAAACCUGAAAAAUCUAUUACACCUGAAAGUGUGGAAAGCAAGCCUGAACUCAACACUAACUUAACAGACUCUGAGGAAUUAUCAAAAGUACCGGUCACUGAGCCAGAUGACACUAAACCCACUGUAGUCUGUUAUGAUGUGGCUGUGACAGAUCCUGUACAAUCUGAUCAUGAUAAUGAAAUUAAUCCUUUGCCUGAACCUGUGUCUUUGCCUCCCGUAGCAAAUGAAAUGCAGGAAAGUGAAGCAGAGAAUGUACGAGAACUACAAAAAGAGGAGGAAGUGAUUGUAGAUGAAUCGAGCUCAAAGGAUUUGGAGAACAUGGAGAGUAAUGGUGUUAUAGCAGGACAAGUAGAUGAACCUUGUCAAAAUUCUGAAACUCCACUUGAACCUUCACUUGAACCUCCACUUGAACCUCCACUUGAACCUUCACUUGAACCUUCACUUGGACCUCCACUUGGACCUCCACUUGGACCUCCACUUGGACACUUGGACCUCCACUUGGACCUCCACUUGGACCUCCACUUGGACCUCCACUUGGACCUCCACUUGAACCUCCACUUGGACCUCCACUUGAACCUCCACUUGAACCUCCACUUGGACUUCCACUUGGACUUCCACUUGGACUUCCACUUGGACCUUCACUUGGACCUUCACUUGGACCUUCACUUGGACCUUCACUUGGACCUUCACUUGGACCUCCACUUGGACCUCCACUUGGACCUCCACUUGGACCUUCACUUGAUAAACCACCAAAUUGUAAUGGAUUCACCCAUUGCACAACCUGAAGAACUGAAGGUAUCCAAUGGUCCGGAGCUUUCAACAGAGCAGGAUUCAGAAGUUUUAGAAGCUCAGCAGGAAUCUGACAUCAGCCCAAUUUCUGAACCUGAAGCAACAAAAACUGAAGAGAGUGCUGUAGGCUUGACAUCUGAGGAGAAGGAAGAAGAGGACAUUGUAGAAAUUGAAUGUCAAGAUGCUUCACCAACAGCAGCAGCUUUAUCCCAGAUGAAUGACAAUCCUAUGCAAGCUGCAGCUGUAUCUGUGCCAAAGAAGAAAAGGAAGUUGAAGGACUUAAAUAAGAAAGAAGCAGUUGGUGAUCUUCUAGAUGCUUUUAAAGAGUCUCAAGUAAAAGAACCUGUAGCAGAGUCUGAUGCCCAGCCUGCUGCUGUAUCUGUUGAAGUGACUGAAACAAUUGCUUCCACCCGUGACGAGCCAGAGGAAACAUGGGAAGAAAAGGAAGACAAGCAAGAUGUAGAGAACAUCAAGCCAGAUGGAAUCAAAUUGUUAGAUCAAAAAUAUCAAUAUAAGGAAGAGAAUUGGAAACCACUUAAUCCUGAAGACAAGAAGAAAUACGACCGCGAAUUUCUCUUGGGGUUCCAAUUCAUCUUUGCCAGCAUGCAGAAACCUGAAGGCCUGCCUGCUAUUAGUGAUGUUGUGUUGGAUAAGGCAAACAAGACUCCACUUCGUCCCCUUGACCCAAGCAGACUGACUGGAAUGAACUGUGGCCCAGACUUCACACCACCUUUUGCAAAUCUAGGAAGACAGCCAAUUGGGAGAGGCCUACCUUCAGGUGUGGGUCCAAGAAGAUCUCAGCAAGGCCCAAGAAAAGAGCCACGCAAAAUUAUUGCAACUGUCUCUCUAAAUGAUGACAUACAACUUAAGAAGGCAGAACAUGCCUGGAAACCUUCUGUAAAAAAACCAACUGAGGAGGAUGACCCUGAAAUGAUAAAAACUCAGGAGCUGUUCCGAAAGGUUCGCAGUAUUUUGAACAAAUUGACCCCUCAGAUGUUCCAGCAGUUGAUGAAACAGGUGGCAGAUUUGACAAUUGACAAUGAAGAGCGGUUAAAGGGAGUAAUUGAUCUGGUCUUUGAAAAAGCUAUUUCUGAACCAAACUUCUCCGUUGCCUAUGCCAACAUGUGCCGCUGUCUUACAACACUUAAAGUUCCAAUACCAGAUAAACCUGGAGCAACAGUGAAUUUUCGGAAGUUGCUGUUGAACAGAUGUCAAAAGGAGUUUGAAAAAGACAAAGAUGAUGAUGCAGUAAUAGAUAAAAAACAGAAAGAAAUUGAUGCUGCUGUUAUGUCAGAGGAGAAAGCCCGCCUCCAAGAAGAGCUAAAGGAUGCAAGAGAUAAAGCUAGACGUCGAUCACUAGGCAAUAUCAAAUUCAUUGGUGAACUUUUCAAACUGAAAAUGUUAACAGAACCAAUUAUGCAUGACUGUAUAGUGAAGCUGCUAAAGAAUCAUGAUGAAGAAUCACUUGAAUGCCUAUGUAGGUUAUUAACAACAAUAGGCAAAGACUUGGAUUUUGAAAAAGCCAAACCUAGAAUGGAUCAAUAUUUUAAUCAGAUGGAAAAAAUUAUUAAAGAAAGGAAAACUUCAUCUCGGAUUCGCUUUAUGGUACAGGAUGUGAUCGAUCUUCGACAAAAUAACUGGGUGCCGCGAAGAGGAGAUCAGGGACCCAAGACAUUAGAACAGAUUCACCGAGAUGCUCAGAUAGAAGAACAUCAACAGCAGUUAAGAGUACAACAGCAGCUCCUAUCCAAACAGGAUAAAAGGAGGGUUGCUCCAGGCACCAGUUGUGCUGGUGUCCGAGGAAGUCAAGGCAUUGAUGAAGCUGGAUGGAAUACUGUGCCAAUUGCCAAAAAUAGUAGACCAAUUGAUACUAAUCGGCUAAGCAAGAUUACUAAGCCAGGGGCCAUGGAUUACAAUAAUCAAGUGUUGGCACCAGCAGGUCGACUUGGCGGCUGGGUUAAAGGAAGCAGUGGUGGAUCUGGAAGCAAGUCUAGUGAUACAGGUGUGGAUUCAGGAAGGCCAGCCACAGCGACAUUGAACAGAUUUUCAGCGCUCCAACAGUCGUCAUCUACAGACAGUUUUGAUGCACGGAGAGUUGUCCCCAGGAGCAGUUCAAGUCGUGAUAGAAGUGAAAAAGGCGAGCGUGAGAGAGGAGACAGAUUUGAAAGGAGCGAACGUCACGACAGAAAUGAGAAAAGUGAUCAUGGUGAAAAGAGUGAUAAAAGUGAUCGUGCUGAGAAACUGGAGAGAAGUGAUCGUAACAGACCUCAACUUACUAAGAGAAGCUACAGCAAAGAAGUAGAUGACCGAAGCAGGGAGCGAGAGCGACGAAGUUCUCAAGAACCAGUCAGACGUGUAGCCAGCAUGACAGAAGAAAGAGAUCGAGGACAUGUGCGAGAUCAGAGCAGAGAAUCUGUUAAGCUUGAGCCUGUCUCUGUGACACCUGAUAAACCUGCCCUGUCCGAGGAAGAGUUUGAAAAGAAAUCCAAGGCAAUCAUUGAAGAGUAUUUGCAUAUCAAUGAUAUAAAGGAAGCAUCGCAGUGCGUGCAGGAGCUUGAAUCACCGAAGACUUUGCACAUCUUUGUUCGAAGUGGCAUUGAAUCAACUUUGGAGAGAAGUGCACUUGCAAGAGAACACAUGGGAAUUCUGUUAUAUCACCUUGUAAAAGCUGGUACUCUAUCAAAGGAACAGUACUGCAAAGGACUACAUGAAAUCCUUGAAGUAGCUGAAGAUAUGGAAAUUGAUAUCCCACAUAUAUGGCAAUAUCUUGCUGAACUAAUUGUUCACAUGCUAUAUGAUGGAGGCUUACCAAUGGGAGAUCUUUUCAGAGAAGUGGCCAAACCACUGAUCCCUAUUGGAAAGGCUGGCCUUCUGCUUGCUGAUCUACUGUGUUUACUUUGCAAAGGAAUGAGCCGUAAAAAGGUAGGCUCUUUGUGGAGAGAAGGUGGUCUCAGCUGGAAGGAAUUCCUUCCUGAGGAAAAAGACAUCAACCAAUUUGUCACAGAGAAGAAAGUGGAGUUUACUCUGGGAAAUGAAUCUAAUCAUGAGGAAUCAUCAAGCAAAACUGAAAUAUCUUUUAAUGACCUGUGUGAACAGUUUGAUAAGUUGAUCAAGGAGAAAGCUGACAACCAAAGAAUAUUUGACUGGAUUGAAGCCAACAUUGAUGAAAAGCAAAUUGUUUCAUCAGUGUUCAUUAGAGCAUUAAUGAAAUCGGUUUGUCAUUCUGCUGUUGUAUUUGAAAACCCAAUUCGUGUGGAUACAGAGGUUGUCCAAAAUAGAGUCAAGGUCCUAACGAAAUACUUGGAUUCUGAUCCCCAGCGUGAACUGCAAGCACUCUAUGCCCUUCAGGGCUUAAUGGCCAAAUUAGAGCAGCCACCAAACUUAUUAAGGACAUUUUUCGAUGUUUUGUAUGAUGAGGAUGUUAUAUCCGAAGAAGCCUUUUACAAGUGGGAGUCAAGUAAAGACCCAGCUGAGCAACAAGGCAAAGGAGUAGCUUUGAAAUCUGUGACAGCUUUCUUCACUUGGUUAAGAGAAGCUGAAGAAGAAUCAGAAGGAAAUUAGAAAUCAUGAUUGACAGAAGUCAAUCACAUAGUGAAUGCAUCAGGCAGAUGAGAACUGUCCUUUGAGUUUUUGCACAAUCAAGUGCUUGGUUCUGAGAACGUCUAUUCAAUAAACCCUUGGUACUUCAAGGUUUUAUCUAUUUUUUAACAUCAGUUCAUGUCUAACAAAUAUAACUAUUUAGAAAAAGAAAUUAGGGCUAUUGAGAUGGUCCUUAAAAUUAGGUGGUUGUCAUGGGCAUAGGAAAGUGGUGGGGAUUUUUUGAUUUUUAAUAAAGAAUGGUGGCUACCUUGUUGGUGUUAAAUUACCAACGAUGCAAACAAAUUUAGGGAUUCCAGGAUAUAUCAACUUGGCUUCCCUAAACUAGAUUUAUUUUGAGGGGAGGGGCACUCAACCCCUAACCCCUCUGUUCUUAUGCCUGUGAGUUGUAUAAAAAGCCUUGAACAAGCCUGUAGUGGAUUUUAAAAAUCAGUAAGAGUUUAACAGUUUAAUUAGACAACAUAAAAACAGUACAGUUCCUAGGUGAUUCUACUUAAUGUAGAACAGUUUUAGGACAGUUCUGUAAAUAAAUGUUCCGCAAUAUUGCUAAUGUAAUGCCAUGUUAUUUCUGCUGUCUUUGAUAAAGUGCAGCAGUGUCUCCUGUAUUUAUAGAAUUCCUGAGUUCAUAAGGUGCUUGUAAUUAUCAACAAGAAUGAAUCCUUCAUUGAUUACAGUUUAAAAUGAAUGUGUAAAUACUUUUUGCUUUAUUAAGUAUUUAAUUAAAAUUAAUGCCUCUUUUCACGUCCAAAACUGGAAAAUAAAGAACAUAUUGCAAUGUAAAA